GCUGUCUGAAACACAUCUCGCGAGAAGAGACUUCGCAAACAACAUCGUACGUGGCUUCACGAGUGUUUACUGGGAUGUAGCUACUCGUUAUUGAGAUAAAUCUGCUGUAUGUGUACUAACAGCAUUUGAAGGUCAGAUAAAUGUUAAGUAUUUUUCACAUAUAUCUGUGAGUUUUGUCAGAGGGAGGCACUGAGACCAGUGAAGGCUUCUCCUGACGUCUCUUCGUCAUACAGCAGCAGUAGGAGCCGCUGCUGAAGACAGCUCACCCUGCCGAUCCUCCAGCCUGUCGGCCUGAUAUGGCGGAGAUCGAGUCAUCGCUUGAAUUCUCCGGCUCUCUGACGAGCUCUACUCUUCCGCCGCCGAGGACCCGCAUCUUCAAGAUCAUCGUGAUCGGGGACUCGGGGGUCGGUAAGACUUGCCUCACCUACCGCUUCUGUGCCGGCAAGUUCCCCGAGAAGACCGAGGCCACGAUCGGGGUGGACUUCAGGGAGAGGUUGGUGGAGAUCGACGGCGAGAAAAUCAAGAUCCAGCUGUGGGACACUGCAGGCCAGGAGCGCUUCAGGAAGUCCAUGGUGCAGCACUACUAUCGCAACGUGCACGCUGUUGUCUUUGUCUAUGACGUCACUAAUGCCGCCAGCUUCCGCAGCCUCCCUGCCUGGAUUGAGGAGUGCAAGCAGCACGCGCUGGGCACAGAGGUACCCAGGAUCCUAGUUGGAAACAAGUGUGACCUUCAGGACUCCAUCCAAGUGGGCACCGAUGUGGCACAGCAGUUUGCAGAUGCCCACUCCAUGCCCCUGUUUGAGACAUCUGCGAAAAACCCAAACAGCCAAGGAGAUGGAAGCUGUGGCGGUGGAAAUAGUGACCAUGUUGAGGCUAUUUUUAUGACAGUGGCUCACAAGCUGAAGUCUCAGAAGCCUCUGGUUUUGAGCCAGCCACCUGGGGGAUCAGGGGGCACCAUUAACCUGAACAGGGGGGUGAAUAACGGGGGGGAUGGAACCAGGGGAUGGGGCUGCAGCAGCUGCUGAGGGAGGGAAGAAGGGAGACAGCUUGAGCCUGAGGUCGUACACGGCUGUUGACACUGAAGAUGGAGGGUCUGGAAAGAACGCAUCGUGCAAAAUGGCUUCACAGAACACAACACAUAAAUGAGUGUCUCCAUUAGAAGAGGGAACAUUUUUCCAAUGCUUGUGCUUAACCUUAUAAAUGACUAAAUGGUCUUGUGUAGUAUUCACACUAGGUUUGUUGUAUUGGAAUGCCAGAAUCCUCUGUUGGUUCAUGAUAAUGAUCCAGAACAGGUAGUCAAACAUGUGACCCUGAAUCAGUUCUCCUCUGAUAAUUCAUGUCCUGACCCUGCCCCACUGAGCUUUCAGUCAGUGAUCGCAUGUGUUCUGCAGCAACAGAAAACGUGGAGACAGCGUGGCAUUCAGAAAUGAGUAGUUUUCAGCAGGUUACUGAGAUGUUUUGACCUCUUGUGGAAACUGUGACCCAAAUAGCUUUCAUUGUAAUGUAAUAGCAAAAACAAGGCCAGAGACAACCAGCAUCAUCCAGGUUUACAGUACAAGCUGAUGCAGAUGCAUGCUGAUGUACUGACUGCAUUAUAUUGAGAGGUGUUAUUUGGUCCAGCCCCUUCUGGUUCUUGCUAUACACAGUAUGUGGUCCUCUGCAUGUGGUUGGAGUUGAUUUAGUUUCAAAUCAGCCGCUUUAUUAAAGACACCCUGUGGAGUUUUCUUGUAAACUUUAAAUCCUUUGAAUCCAAAGAUCGAAAACCUUGCUUGUGUAAAACAGAUCCUUCCAGAGAGGCCAUGGAGUGUUCUAUUUGUUAUGGACCCAGCUCACUGAAAUACUGCACUUGGUUGAGAAAAAACACUGGUGGUAAAAUUUAGUUUUACUUAAGAAAAAGAGUGGUAGAUUGACUGAAGUCAUCAUGUGUGGAGUUUUCACACUUAAGCAUUAGUUAUUUGGUAUAAUGUACGUAAUUGUAAACACAGUUAUAAACAUCUUACUGCUUGUUGGUCCCAUUGGCUGUAUAUAGAAACUGGACAAACCCAUCGCCAUAUCGGUGGCCAGACUUGAGCUUCACUCUGCCUGCUACGACCAGUUUAAAAAUGGGCAAAGAGGAGGAGGGUGAGCAGAGCCGGCCAGCCACCUAUUUAGUCUCAGUAUAAUUUAAACGGGAGGUUCAUGGAAGAUAAAUCAGCUAAAGAGACUGUAAACAUGUUUAUUUCUGCUGUAAAGUCGGCCAUUUUAACAUGAGAAUCUAUGGUGAUUGACUCCCUUCUGGAGCCAGUCUCAAGACACCGUUCGAGGGACUGCAGGUUUUGGCACUGCUACACUGGCUUCAUUUCUCAGCCUCAGAGGUUUCCGCUUGGUUGGUCCAUCCAUUUUUAGGAUAGUAGAAGAGUUAACGUGGAAAGGUCACACAGGGCAGGCUAUAUGAGUUCUAGAUAGUCAGUGCAUGGUCUGACUGGGGUCCAAAAAUGAGUUGUUGGGGUUCUUUUAGCCCACCUUGCCUCCUGUUUUCUCUGAUUUGUAUUAUCAUAUCGGUGUACUGUAUGACCACACUGCUGAAGCAGGACCCACCUUAAAGCCCAUAUCUUGUAAGUGGACAUUGUCUUCUAGUACUUCAUGUUUCCAAAUAGAUGAAUCAAGUUACCGCCAACCUGUUUUGCCCAGCUGGUAAUCCAGGCUUGAGUCUGUGGUCCAUUCAGGUCGGGUCCAUGUAGUUAGUGUGGGGUGGCCCAGGGUAGGUCCACAUUCGAGAAAUAAAAUGUCACUUUUACAGCCGCACCAACAAACAGACAGCUAGUGCACUGCUCUUCUUCUCAGCCCUACUGGACAGUAGAGAACACUUAGACCAAUGCAACCAUUUCUCAGGACUAGUUCAUGUCCCUUUAAGAUUACAGGACAUUUCACAGACACUGUAAGGCGGUUAGGGGUUUGCAGUGGAGCCAGAUAUGUUAAAACUGUUUUCUUCUUUUCAGCUCAUGAUGUUCAAGGGUCUGAACUGCUGUAUGGCACACCAGCGCAGCAGAUGAGCACAGUUCAGAGGGAUGAGUAUCGACCUUACUGAGCAGAUCAGUUAUUAGCAGUGAUGUGACCCACUCACAUUAAGUACAUUUGAUGUUGUUUGUUUUUUUGUGGCACAGCAAUCACUGGUUUUAUGUUACCUUACAGUUGAAUACAGUGUGGUAGUCAGAUCACAGUUUUACUACUCUGGUUCACUCUUGAUGCUCUUGAAGUGUCAUUUUUGGCUGCAGAAGGUAGCAGCUAUUUUAAGAGAAAAGGCUCUAAAAGCCACAGAACACCUGCUCAGCAGCAAACAGUAGACAGACACAACUGUUGAACCCACUGGAGCAUUUAGCAGUUAAAGAGAUGGUGGCUUUCCCUCAGGAGUUGGCAGAGACCAAAAACAGAGCUAAAAGAGAGAGUGAAUAUCGGACUUAGAUGUAUCAGGUGGACGCAAACUCCACUCCUGGAUAUGGAAAUAAGCAACUGUUUGCUAACAAGUUCACAUCGGCUGUAAAAGGUGAUAUGUCAACGUUGUUUUCACUGCAACCAAGUGGACAAAAAAAACGGUUACUGCAGGUUUCACAGAAGAUACAUGUUUUUCAGUGACAGUACCUUUGUUUGUUUUUUUUUAGCAUGCACCACUAGUGCUAAUACUCUGCAUACAGGCUGCAUGUGACAUUGUCACGUAACAGUUCGGGUCAGCACAGGUCUCCCAAGAUGUAUGCAUAAUGCACAUCUGUCAAACAGGUUUCCUGUUAAUUGUUGCACCUAGUGAUGUGCCAAGAGUCUACUGUAAGCUUGAUGAUGCAGGAUUCAAAGGAAGCCUGUCUUAAUGUGCUUGCAUGUUAGAUAAAACUUUACUAAUUCCACAAUGGGGUGUUCCUUCUUCUGUUAGAAAAAGGCUGCCAAAUAGCCCGAGUGGUAAAGAAUAGUACUGUGUCAGCUGGACCGUGAAAACACUUACCUCUCAUGGCUUUGGAGUGUGCACCUCUACAUGUACAUGUUGGCCUCUUCCCACUACUUAUUCUGUAUGUAAGCUUGUGACACAGUAUUCAGCAUGUCUCCCAAACACCACCAUAUAAUAAAAACAGUUAUUAAUUCUUCAUAAGCCAUGAUGCACCACAGUACGGUGUCCAUGUAAGUAUACAACUUAGUGGUUUUAAAGGUUUGUUGUGACCACAGCUGGUCCUGUGGCUCCUUCACCCCCAUAUCACAUUAACAUCUUCUUGAAGGAUCCAGGCAAUCAAACAAACCAAAUGGCCUUUUCUUCAGACUCACUGUUCCGAAGCUAUGCACAAAAAGACGGGCUGUGCUAGCUGCAUCUCCGUGGCCUUUUGUAUUCUUUUAUAUUUGGUUGCCGCUUCUGUUCUGUUUUUUUUUUUUUUGUAAUUGAUGAAUACUCCUGAUAUGUAGUUACACUGGGCCUAAUCAUUUUGUUUGCCUUACUUUGUGUUCACUACAGCCAUCAACAAGAAACAAUGCUAAUGUAUCUCAUAUUACAAAUAGUCAAAGGAAAAACCUACUGGAGGUAACUGAAAAAGGGAGACACUUGCAAUAGCUUUGUCAUGUGCAACCCUGCAAUAAAUUACUCUGAACACGU